AUGGUGAAAUUGUCGCCAUUGAGGGUUCGAUCGGCCGCUCUUAUAUUUUCAGGGGUCUCGUUUACUCUGGGGGUUUGGUUGUUUGGUGGUCGGACCCACGAACCGGUGGGAUUUAACAUUCCGUACAACCACGCAGAUUCCCCAUCACCACCAGGAGACCAUCCGAUCGAUCAACUCAUCAGAAAUGCCGAUGCAGAAUGGCGAGCGCUGCUGGGAAAGGAGGCAAAAACUUUCGAGGCCGCAACGGAGGAAUAUCGUCGCCGUCGGGAUCGACAUCCACCUCCAGGCUUCAAAGAGUGGUUCGAUUUCGCUCGAUCCAAGGACGCGCUCAUUAUUGAGGACUUUUUCGAUCAGAUUUAUGAUGACUUGAACCCAUUCUGGGGCCUCCAACCGAAGGAGAUCCGACGACAGGCGCAGAGUCUCAAACCUCGCAUCGCUGUUCGCAAGCAUAAAGCGACCGCCAUCGCGGACCACGAAGCCCUUUGGUUAAACUCAUGGCUCAGUCUUGUGCGCAGCAUCCAGCAGUACCUUCCCGACCUUGACAUGCCGUUUAACCCCAUGGAUGAAUCGCGAAUCGUUGUGCCUUCGGAAACCAUCGCCGAAUACAUGGUCAAGGAACGCGUAGGCCGACAGGCGAUGCGAGAUAAGAGCCCUGCGGAGUUUAUCACGGAAUACGCAGCUGCUAAAGAUGAAGCCACGUCUGAGAAAUUCGAACCUCGCUUCCUGGGUCCCAACGAUGGUAAGUUCUGGGAUAUGGCUCGGGUCGGCUGCCCGCCAGACAGCCCAUCGCGCAAAAGUCACACCAUCGACCCGGCUACAAUCCUGCAGGUGUCCUUGGAGAACUUUCUGCCCCACUCGCAGAAUGGCUAUGUGCGCAACUGGACCCAGUCCAAGGAUAUCUGUUGGCGUCCGGAGAUGCAGGCGCUCCACGGCACCUUCAUCGAGCCCGUGUCCAUAUCCUCCGCGCACGAACUCUUUCCUCUCUUUGGAGGAUCCAAGCUGCCAGUCAAUAAUGAGAUCCUCAUACCUCCUGCUAUGUAUUGGGCCAAGGACAAGCGAUACUCUGGCGGCAACAAACACGGUGGCCCAUGGGAAUUCAAGAAAGAUUCCUUGAUCUGGCGUGGCAUCGCCUCGGGGGGUCGAAACCGAGUCAACAACUGGACGGGUUUUCAGCGCCAUCGUCUAAUAGCCAUGCUGAACGGCACAUCCGUCGCCGCUGCCGAACGGAACAAUUCUCACUUUGUGAAUUUCAUUCUCCCCCACUACGACUACUACAAUCUAGCCUCGGGGCAUGCCGGCCGCCUCCACGAGUUCGUGGAGGACCAUGUCGACGCGGGCUUCAUCCAUCUCGUCUGCUACCCCUGUGUCCCAGACCAGCCCUGCAAGUACGAUCUGACAGAUCCACACUGCGCCUACACGGAGCCGUACUUUGCCCUCGUCCCCGCCAUGCCCAUGGGCAAGCAGUACGACUACAAGUACCUGCCUGACAUUGAUGGCAAUUCCUUCAGCGGACGGUACCGCGGGUUCUUAUUAUCGACUUCUCUCCCCAUCAAAGCAACCAUCUACGACGAAUGGCACGACUCGCGGCUCAUCCCCUGGGCCCAUUUCGUGCCCAUGGACUCGACGUUCCUCGAUAUCUACGGCAUAAUGGAAUACUUUAUUGGAUACGGCGGGCCGGGCCAUGACCACGCCGCGCGAAAAAUUGCCCUGAACGGCAAGGAGUGGGCGGAGAAGGUGCUUCGCCGGGAGGAUAUGCAGAUCUACAUGUAUCGGUUGUUGUUGGAGUAUGCCAGGAUCUGUGAUGAUAGACGGGAUAUUCUGGGGUAUACCGAGGAUAUUCUAUGGGUCGAUCGUGAAUAG